GAUGCUAGUCAUUGCACACCGCGGGGGGCCAGGCUGUGGUUUUGCCCCACAGCCAUCCCAAAUGUAGCUCCGGCCAUGCCUUCCAACUAAAUACGUUGUAAACAAUUACAGAGCAACUUUGCGCCAAGAUUGACAUCGUGUCGAUGAAAUGAAGCCGCGGGCUUGAGAAUGUGAAAAGAAUCCACAAAAGGAGCGUGUUUGCUAGCUCGGAGGCAGCUAGUCCGGUCCUCCAUCCGGCUCGGUCGGAGCAGCUCGGUGCCUGGCAGCCUCCGCCCAGCAGAGAACCGCCCGGUCGGGCUGCCUGCCUGCCCGCCUCCGGAAUGACGGACAACAUCCCCUUACAGCCCGUCCGGCGGCCCAAGAGGAACAACAGCAAGCACAGAAAUGGGUGCUGCCCGUGGUCCAAGUGUUGCGGCAUGUGCGACUUCCGGCCCCGCACCGUGUGGCUGGGCCACCCCGAGAAGAGGGAGCAGCGCUACCCCCGCAAUGUCAUCAACAACCAGAAGUACAACUUCUUCACCUUCCUGCCCGGGGUGCUGUUCAAUCAGUUCAAGUACUUCUUCAACCUGUACUUCCUGCUGCUGGCCUGCUCGCAGUUUGUGGAGGUUCUGCGCUUGGGUGACCUCUACACCUACUGGGUCCCGCUGGGUCUGGUGUUGACCAUCACCAUCAUCCGAGAGGCGGUGGAUGAAAUCCGAUGCUACUUUCGAGACAAAGAGGUGAACUCGCAGAUCUACAGCAAGCUGUCCACCAGAGGCACAGCCAAGGUGAAAAGCAGCAACAUCCAAGUGGGGGAUCUCAUCAUUGUGGAAAAGAACCAGCGCGUUCCUGCUGACAUGAUCUUUUUAAGGACCUCGGAGAGAAAUGGCUCCUGCUUCCUUCGCACGGACCAGCUGGAUGGGGAGACUGACUGGAAGCUCCGCCUCCCGGUGGCUUGCACACAGAGGCUGCCCACCGCUGCAGACCUUUUACAGAUCCGAUCCUACGUUUACGCAGAGGAACCAAACAUCGACAUCCAUAACUUUAUUGGAACCUUCACCCGGGAGGAUGGAGACCCCCCCAUCAACGAAAGCCUCAGCAUUGAGAACACGCUGUGGGCCAGCACGGUGGUGGCCUCGGGCACGGUGGUGGGGGUGGUGAUCUACACCGGCAAGGAGCUGCGCAGCGUCAUGAACACCUCCAACCCCAGACACAAGGUGGGCCUGUUUGACCUGGAGGUCAACUGCCUGACAAAGAUCCUGUUCGGGGCCUUGGUGGUGGUCUCUCUGGUCAUGGUGGCCCUGCAGCACUUUGCCGGACGCUGGUACCUGCAGAUCAUGCGCUUCCUGCUGCUCUUCUCCAACAUCGUGCCCAUCAGCCUGCGUGUCAACCUGGAUAUGGGCAAGAUGGUUUUCAGCUGGAUGAUCAAGAGGGACUCCAAGAUACCUGGGACCGUGGUGAGGGCGAGCACCAUACCUGAGCAGCUGGGCCGCAUCUCCUACCUGCUGACCGACAAGACGGGAACUCUGACCCAAAAUGAGAUGGUGUUCCGCCGCCUCCACCUUGGCACGGUGGCGUACGGGAUGGACUCUAUGGAUGAAGUGCAGAGCCACGUGUUCAGCGCCUACACGCAGCCCGCCCACGACCCGCCGGCCUCCAGGACCCCGGCGGCCACCAAGGUUCGCAAGACCAUCAGCAGUCGAGUUCACGAGGCGGUGAAGGCCAUCGCGCUGGUUCACAACGUGACGCCCGCGUACGAGUCCAACGGCGUGACCGACCAGGCCGAGGCCGAGCAGCACUACGAGGACACAUGCAGGGUCUACCAGGCGUCCAGCCCCGACGAGGUGUCUCUGGUUCAGUGGACGGAGAGCGUGGGCCUGACGCUGGUGGGCCGAGACCAGUCCUCCAUGCAGCUCAGGACCCCCAGCGGCCAGAUCAUGAACUUCAGCAUCCUGCAGCUGUUCCCCUUCACCUACGAGAGCAAGAGGAUGGGCAUCAUCGUGCGAGACGAAUGGAGCGGAGAGAUCACCUUCUACAUGAAGGGUGCCGACGUGGUCAUGGCCGGGAUCGUCCAGUACAACGACUGGCUGGAGGAGGAGUGCGGAAACAUGGCCAGAGAAGGUCUGAGGGUCCUGGUGGUCUCCAAGAAGUCCCUGACCGAGGAGCAGUAUCAGGAUUUUGAGGCACGCUACGUCCAGGCCAAGCUCAGCGUGCACGACCGCUCCCUCAAGGUUGCCACGGUGAUCGAGAGCCUGGAGAUGGAGAUGGAGCUGCUGUGUUUGACAGGCGUGGAGGACCAGCUGCAGGCCGACGUCAGGCCCACCCUGGAGAUCCUCCGCAACGCCGGCAUCAAGGUAUGGAUGCUGACGGGGGACAAACUGGAAACGGCCACCUGCACCGCCAAGAACGCCCACCUCAUCACCCGCAACCAGGACAUCCACAUCUUCAGAGCCGUGACCACGCGAGGCGAGGCCCACCUGGAGCUGAACGCCUUCCGUAGGAAACACGACUGCGCGCUGGUGAUAUCGGGGGACUCGCUGGAGGUUUGCCUCAAGUACUACGAGUACGAGUUCAUGGAGCUGGCGUGCCAGUGUCCCGCCGUGGUCUGCUGCCGCUGCGCCCCCACCCAGAAGGCCCAGAUCAUCCGGCUGCUGCAGGAGCGCACGGGCAAGCUCACCUGCGCUGUGGGGGACGGAGGAAACGAUGUCAGCAUGAUCCAGGAAGCCGACUGUGGCGUGGGAGUGGAGGGAAAAGAAGGCAAGCAGGCCUCGCUGGCCGCAGACUUCUCCGUGACUCAGUUCAAACAUUUGGGUCGUCUACUGAUGGUUCACGGUCGCAACAGCUACAAGAGGUCUGCUGCCCUCAGCCAGUUUGUCAUCCACAGGAGCCUCUGCAUCAGCACCAUGCAGGCCGUCUUCUCAUCGGUCUUCUACUUUGCCUCCGUGCCGCUCUACCAAGGCUUCCUCGUUAUUGGCUACUCCACCAUCUACACCAUGUUCCCCGUUUUCUCCCUGGUCCUGGACAAAGAUGUCAAGUCCGAGGUGGCCAUGUUGUACCCUGAAUUAUACAAAGACUUGUUGAAGGGUAGACCUCUGUCCUUUAAGACCUUUCUCAUAUGGGUCUUGAUUAGUAUUUAUCAAGGCAGCAUCAUCAUGUACGGGGCGCUGCUCCUCUUCGAGUCGGAGUUCGUCCACAUCGUGGCCAUCUCCUUCACCUCGCUCAUCCUCACCGAGCUGCUGAUGGUGGCGCUGACCGUCCAGACGUGGCACUGGCUCAUGAUGGUGGCCGAGCUGCUCAGCCUGGCCUGCUACGUCGCCUCGCUCGUCUUCCUGCACGACUUCAUCGACGUCUACUUCAUCACCACGCCGUCGUUCCUGUGGAAGGUGACGUCCAUCACGCUGGUCAGCUGCCUGCCGCUCUACAUCCUCAAGUACCUGCGCAGGCGCUUCUCCCCGCCCAGCUACUCCAAGCUCACCUCCUAGGGGGCGCCGUCGUGGCCGCCGUCGUGGCCGCCGCCGUGGCCGCCGCCGUGGCCGCCGCCCAACAAACAACAGGCUUGCUCAUUUCUUUAUUUAUUCAUGCACCUCUAAAAAAAGAAUAAAAAUGCUAACCACCCCACUUGUAAAAGUAGCUGGUGGUAAGAAAGCUGGCUCAUGCGUCAGGCAGGCAGCGGGCGUCCCCACCCCCCGCGGGACCCCCCUGAUGCGGUCCUGACCCCAAGCCGUAAAAAAACCCAGCAGGGCUCCUGUGUGCUAUCAUGUUACCAUGACGAUUCAGGAUUGAUUUCGUGACUUGUCCAUGACGUAGCCGUGGGUGUGACAGAAGCAUGGUUUCGGGGGUGCUUGUAAAUACAUUUUUUAAUCGUACUAAGUGUUUUUUAACAAAGUGCUGUGGGAGGGAAAGCAGAACAAAAAGGGACCUUGUUUGGAUGUUGUGCCCAAUAUGAAGAAUAAAUCUCACCCUUUGUGAUGCUGGCUUUUUGUUGCUCUUUAUGCUUCCUAUUCCGCCGUAUUAUUGUUGUUAUUAUGAUCAACAAAUGCAAAUAUUAUUUUAACCAGGAAGCUAUUUUUGGCCAUUUUUUUCUUAUUUAUUCUUAUUACAGAAGAUGGUUCUGUUUUCUUUUCUUAAUAUAAAUUUAAUUCUAUGCAACUAAAAUAUUCAUUUAUUCAUAUUUUGACUUUAUUCUCAUCAAAUUACAGAUGCUUUUGCCCAUAUUUUUUUUUUCUCCUCCAAAUAUUGAAACUUUAUUCUAGACAUUUUUUCCUCACAAUUCUGACUUUUCCCGUCACUUUUUUUUGCAACCGAAUUUCUCACAGUUGCAACUUUAUUUGUAUUUUGGUUUGUAAUAUUAUGACUUUUUGAGGUUUCUAAAUGACAACUAAUUUAUUUUAGUACUUUGCUUUGACGUUUUUGCUGUUCUUGUGGUUGUUUGUUUGUUUGUUUUAGUUCUGUUUUUGUAGUGAUAAAGCUCAGUGGCAUCUUGGGUGUAUUGUUUUCUUGACACAAAUAUCUGUAACUAUGUAACUCCACUUUAUUCUUUGAGAAAUGAUAAAAGUCAAACAUAAAUGAGAUGAACAUUACUUGUAUUUGAUGGAGUUAUUUCAUU